AUGUUCACGGAAGGAGAAGAAAUGUAUCUGCAAGGUUCCACUGUCUGGCAUCCCGACUGUAAGCAAUCCACUAAGAGUGAAGAAAAGCUACGGUUGCCAAACAUCACUCAUUCCUCAUCUGAGUUCUUUUAUCCAAAGAGUCUGGUUCUGCGCAGGCCACGCUCUGCAGAGUUGCUCUGAAAAGUUACUUUUUUUUUUCAGCCUACAAGAACAUCAUCAGAAAGUAUUUAUUCCAGACCAGGUUCUAGUAUACCUGGCUCUCCAGGCCACACUAUCUAUGCAAAAGUAGACAAUGAAAUCCUUGAUUACAAGGAUUUAGCAGCCAUUCCCAAAGUCAAGGCCAUUUAUGACAUUGAACGUCCAGACCUAAUUACUUAUGAGCCAUUCUACACUUCCGCCUACGAGGACAGACAGGAGAGACAGAGUCUUGGAGAGUCUCCAAGGACAUUAUCACCUACCCCUUCUGCAGAAGGUUAUCAAGAUGUUCGGGAUCGCAUGAUUCACAGGUCUACUAGUCAGGGCUCCAUUAAUUCUCCAGUGUACAGUCGUCAUAGCUACACACCCACCAUGUCACGUUCCCCUCAGCAUUUCCACAGACCUGAUCAAGGUGUCAACAUUUACAGAAAACCGCCCAUCUACAAACAACAUGCUGCUUUGGCAGCACAGAGCAAGUCCUCCGAGGAUAUCAUCAAGUCCUCCAAGUUCCCAGCAGCUCAUGCACCAGCACCCAACGAGAUACCAAAGAUUGAGACGGACCACUGGCCAGGUCCUCCCUCUCUUGCGGCCAUAGGAGCUGACAUGAGACGCAGAUCAAGUGGAAGAGAGGAGGAUGAUGAGGAGCUGCAGAGACGCCGGCAGCUGCAGGAGGAGCAGCUCAUGAAGCUCAACUCUGGUCUGGGACAAUUGAUAUUGAAAGAAGAGAUGGAAAAGGAGAGUCGCGAUAGGUCAGCCCUUUCUGCCAGUCGUUACGAUUCUCCAGGUAAUUCAUCACAUGCUUCAGCCUCCAAAACCUCUUCUCUCCCUGGCUAUGGAAAAAAUGGACUUCACAGGCCGGUGUCUACAGAUUUUGGUCAAUACAACAGUUAUGGGGAUGUGAGUGGUGGUGUUAGAGAUUUCCAGUCCCUUCCGGAUGGUCAUGUCCCUGGAAUGAGAAUGGACAGAGGAGUAUCUAUGCCUAACAUGUUGGAGCCAAAGAUUUUUCCAUAUGAAAUACUCAUGGUGACCAACAGAGGGCGAAAUAAAAUACUAAAAGAUGUAGACAGAACCAGGCUUGAGCGUCACUUAGCACCUGAAGUUUUUCAAGAAAUAUUUGGCAUGACGAUACAAGAGUUUGACAAGUUACCUCUCUGGAGACGCAACGACAUGAAGAAAAAAGCAAAACUCUUUUAAUCUCCCUUUAAACAAUCCAACAAAAAAUGAUGCAUAGGAUAUUGUAUCAUACAGUCCAAACUAUUUGGAAGCAACUACUUAUCCACCAAAAAGGGAAAAUCACAUAUAGGCACCUCUGUACACAGCAAUUGAACAAGAUGAACAUUUGCCCUCCUGGAACAUAGGGAGAAAAUAUCUGGGCUCAGAAACUACAAUGGUAGCUUUCAGAGGUGUCAACCUGUUACAUGAUAUUAUACAAGAUAGGAAACUGUUCUGUUCUUCUCCCUCAAUGAUAUUCCCUUUACUUCUUUCCACAAUAUGAUGGACUUUAUUGCUAGAGCCAGGAAGUGCCCUUAGGAUGCCUUGUAGACUAAAGUAGUUGUAACCACUCCAAGAACUGGAAAAGAAUAUACAUAUAUAUAUUUAAAAAAAAAUAUAUAUAUGUAUGCGUGUUGGUGUGUGUGCGCACAUCUAUUUAUAUCUAUCCAUCUAUCUAUGUGUGUGCUUGUAUGUGUGUGUAUAUAUGUGUAUAUAUAUGGAGAGGAACAU